AUGGCUGUCGAUGGAGGUAAUGUUACCUACGAGGAGUCUUUUCUCAAUGAGAGUCGGCAGAAUGAGGUUUAUGCGACGCACAUUGCCUUUUUCGCUCUGAUGAUGAUUAUUGUGCCGUGUCGGUUCUUUUCAUCGAGGUUGACGAAGAAGACGCUGUCUUGGGACGAUUGGCUUGCGUAUUUCGCAGCGUUCAAUACUGUUGGGGUAUUCAUCACAAGUAUGCUAUGGCUUCGAUUCGGCCUGGGGAGGCAUCUUGCUUGGGUGAUGCGGGACGAUCCGAAGAACAUCGAAAACUUCUUCAAGGCCAUCGUUGCAAAUGAGGUCAUUUUCUGGGAUGGCACGAACCAGAAUUGCAUCGAUCUUUCCAAAUUCUAUGUUGGAGUCGCCAUUGGUGGUAUCAUCACUGACGUUGGUCUGAUGAUUAUUCCUCUGCCGUAUAUCUGGGCUUUGAAGGUACCCCUAUACCAUAAGAUCUUGAUCGCAAUCAUGUUGGUCUUUGGUAGUUUUGCUUGUUUCGUCACCAUCAUCCGCCUCACCAAGGUCAUCACCGUUGAUCUGACCGAUCCAACUUGGGGUAGUGUCGAUCUGAUGAUCUGGACCGGCAUGGAAGUCUACAGCGCUGUGAUUUGUUGCUGCCUCCCAACCAUGCGUCCGCUGAUCAAACUUUUCUGGAAGAAGCUCGGCUUAAAGCAACUGAGUUCAACUGGGAAUACCGAUCCCUCAAAACCUGUAUCGAACGGGACCGGCAUGUGGGGAAAUAAGUCUCGUCAGAACUCACGACAUUUAACAGAUGGUGUUCUUGCAUCAAAUGCAGACGAGAUGGAGCUGACGAAGCAUGCUUACUAUGAGCUGCAUUCAGAUAAUGCUCACGGUCGAUCGCAAGACUCCAUCACCGGUGCAUCAGCAAGUUUGAACAUAGAGCCACUCUUUAAAGAAGAGGCUGAAAUCGGUAGACAGGUUUUUGGUGGAAAUCUGGAUCACCCGAAGCCGGACUGUCUAGAUCCCGAGAAGUGGGGCACCGGUCCCGAACCAACUGCGCCGUCCCGUCCCUAG